UAUUUUAAAAAUAUUCAUCGACUUCAUAAAAUAUUUUUCGUAAAUAAGUAAAUAUAGAUGUAAAAAAUGCCAAUGACAGAAACCAUCGGAAAAGACAAUUUAUUUCAUAUUGGCAUUUGAUAGAAUAAGCUAUAUAUUCUAAACCGAGAAAUAAAAUAUAUUGAGAAACGAAUAUAUCUACUGGCUGCAUGCUUCAAAUGCCAAUCAGGAAAAUGAUAUCUAGAGGAUUCUACACAAGAAGAGGAAUUUUGUUGUUACUUAUUUGUGCAGAUUUAUUGAAACAUUCGACAUCUUACACUGUUAGUGACGCAAAUCAAAUUCACAAGUUCUUAUUUAACUCAACUGAUGAAGGUUACAACAAUCUGGUACUACCUGACUAUCCAGUAAAUAUCAGUGUAGAGUACAACUUCUUGGCCCUUAAUUCUUUGGAUAUAAAGGAACAGAUAUUGGAGACAACAGGAUGGUUUACCGUGGUUUGGAAUGAUAGUCGAUUAACAUGGGAUAAAUCAUCAUACGGAGAUAUUGAUUACAUAUAUGUUCCAGAGGACAAAAUUUGGCACCCUGAAUUGAUUGUGCAGAAUUCAAUUGUGCAAUUACGGAAAAAUCUUGGUGCCGACCAAACUAUUAGAAUAAAAUAUAAUGGAGAACUACGAUGGGAACCACCCGCUGUUUUGUCCACGUCAUGUGACAUGGAUGUCACGUACUUCCCAUAUGACAGUCAAAUAUGUGACAUAGAAAUAGCUAGCUGGGGAUUCUCUGUUGAUAUUGUCAACUUAGAAUUUUUCAAAACUCAUAUAAAUUUAGAAGACUUUAGACCGGAUGAGGAAUGGGAAAUUAUAACAACCUCCCAGCAAACAUCUAAUUUAACUGAGGAUGAACUGGUGUUUUCGGAACUCUUGUUUCGAAUGGAGUUUAAAAGAUAUUAUGGUCAUUACCUCAUGAGUGUAAUAUUUCCGACUAUUCUUACUGCCAUACUAACAUUUGUUACAUUUUUUCUGCCGCUUGAAUCUGGAGACAAAAUCGGAUAUAUACUUACAGUGUUACUUGCUUUGGCGGUUUUAUUGACGUUGUUUUCAGACAGUAUGCCUACGACAUCAAAACAUACUUCAGUUCUAGUGGUAUUUCUUACUGUAACAUUGGGCAUGGCCUGUCUUGUGAUUGUCUUUACGAUAUUUAUCAUAAGACUUUUCCAUCAACCAGAACACGAUAAGGCUCCAAAGUGGAUGCAUUCUUUGGCGAGGAAAUUCUUAAAGUUAAAAUGCAAAGCAGGUAGAAUUAAUCAUCUUGAUCAUAUUGGUCAAAGUCAGAAUGUUGAAAAUGACCAACCGAAAGACGGCAGAGUCUGCUUGGAGAGUAGACAGAAAUUUAUACCUUACACCAACAAGGAGCUAGCAGAAUUCUUUGAUUAUUUCCUGUUUGGUGUUUUCACAGUUUUAUAUAUUUUGGUUCUUUUGUGUUUCCCAAUAGUUCUGAGCACUUCAACAUGAUACACUCAAGGAAUUGAAUAUGAAAUUAUAUGUAUGUUUCGAUGAUAUCAUUAUGUAAUAAGUUUAGUAAAAGAAGUACUUUUUUUACAUGUAUAAUGCAAGCCGAUAUGUGUCACUUAUUCAUCGAAUAACAUAGCACAAAUGAUUUUCAUUGAUUCGUUUUUCAUAGAAUUAAUAAUUAGUUUUCAGGGCAUGAAAUGCAUUCAUUUCGUUUUACCUACUUAUUUCCGUUC